GACUUAAUGGCAGCGCCGGCGACGGCGGCGGCGGCGGCUUCGCGAGCGAGCGAGUUGCGUGGAGAGAUGCGAUUCUCCGGUCGUUUCUCACGAGCGAGAUCAUGCGGGACUGCUCAAGCUCGCGGUGCGCGUACAGUUCGACCUGCGGAGCGGACAGUCGGACAGACGAAGAGACCCCGUCGUCGUCAUCGUCGUCGUCCUCGUCCUCGUCCGUGCCGCCGUCCACCCGAGGAUCUCGCUGCGAUCGUUGUCGUUAUCGUACUGUGCAAAAUCUUGAAAGGAUCCGGACUCGCGUCGAGUCCUGCGAGCGUUCAGACUGCCGCACGGUGGUGUCGACGGCUGAAGGAUGAGUGUCCGAACAGCGGCGAAGACAGCGAGGAGGAUGUAAUAACCGAUUAUCUCGGCUCAUCGCACUCCGACUGCGAUCGCAUGCCUAUCAUUAAUGGGGAUCUGCGCGACCUGAGUCUGCACGGCGGCAUCGUCACGGAGACCGGUUACACCAAAGACAAUACCGCGAAAACGCCGAUCAGCAUGUCGGCGGUCGGCAUGACUAGCGAUGAGCAACACCAGCAGCAGCAGCAGCAACAGCAACAGCAUCACCAGCAGCAGCAGCAGCAGCAACAUCAUCAGCAGCAGCAGCAGCAGCAGCAGCAGCAUCACCACCAUCACCACCACCACCACCACCCGUUGCUUACACUCGGCACUAAUAUUCAAGCCCAGCCUAAUCCUCUGGUGCCCAUCAUUAGCGUUACGCCGCACUCGCCCGGGCUGGCCAAGAACUAUCCGGUGCUAGAGGAGAAUCUGCAGCAGCUGCACGAGAUCCACGACUGCAUCCAACGUAUGCGCGACCUGACGUUGAGCACCCUGGGCUACCACAAUCGCGCGUCCAACAACGACGCCGCGCAGCGAUUAACCUCCUCGUGCCCGACCUUGUGCCCGCUGACCUCGGCCGAGCUCGCGCCUCGUCCGGGCAAUCCUCACGACACUGGCUCCGACCCGGACCUCCUCGCUAAUUGCUCCACCAACAGCUCCCCGACACACUUCCCGGGCUCAGUCGGCCAUUCUCGUUCUCAACGGGCGCAGGCAGGUAUAGACAGGAGACGCAGUUGGACCGGGGACCUGGAGGACCUGGAAGAAAGCCGACGCGGCGGUCGGCACCGGUAUUCCGGGCAGAAUCACCUGCAGGCCCAGAACAUGGUUAAUAUUGACCGUUACUUGUUGGGACCGGAAGUUGGAGCCGGUUCGAUUUCGCGACAACGCAGCAUUAGUUUAAGUAGCCUAGACAGCGAGAACGAGCUAGAAUUAGAUGGAAAAUCGUGCACCGGACCUGUAGCUGUAAGCAAUCGGGCGUGCAGGUCGCAGACAAGCACUCACUCUCUGAACGAAGCUGAUCUUGUACAGAGCGAAUAUCAGAAGAUAGUCACAAAGAGGGGUAGUCAGAGAUUAGCAGAAAGUAGCAGUUUAAUGCCAGGGCUGACUGGUUCGCGUUUACCUCUUCAGAAAUCCAUAUCGACGCCCUCGAUCGUUACGCCGCAGGUUCACGCGCAUUUAGGCGAAGCCGGAACUCGAACGACGCCUUCACUCGCAGCCCGUCAUGAAAGAAACGAAAAGGGUAGUGGGAGUGAGACAGAAACCGAAGAUCUCCAUACACCACACAGCCACGAAUUCCACGAAGACCGAGAGGGCACUCCUAGUGCCCAGAUAUCCCUUGACGAGCUUUUGACCGAUGGCACCGUGUACGAUGAUCAUCACUCCGAGAAGACCAGAAGAAAGCGUGGUUCGAUCUUCUUCCGCAAGAAGAAGGAUAAAAGUGGCAAAAAGACUAGUCAGCAGCAACAUCUGUGGGUAACAAUGACUGUGGGGACUCAGGGCAGCUUACUAUGUGAUGUUUGUAUGAAACAUUCGACGAAUAAACCGCUCCUCCACUGCGACAAUUGCGGAGCGUCGGUUCAUCAGAGUCAAGGGUGCAAGGAUCAGUUGGUGCUGGAGUGCAUCAAGUCCAAGCAUCACUCCGGCAAGUCCGCUGCAAAGUCCUCGUCGAACGCCUCCACGAUGUCGAACAGCAACAACGUGAAACGCGGCUCUACGACGUCGCUGCCCUUGCCGACGUCGUCCGGAAGCGGAAGGGAAAUUAACAGCAAGAAAACCGUGUCAAGCUACAGCCCUUGGCGGCGAGUUGCCACUAAGCUUGGAGUCAAUCAAACGAUAAACGAAGAAAAAGAUGGGGAUGGCGGGCAACAUCGCGACCUUUCCAGCGGAUGGGAGGAAUUUGAUUUCGGAGAAGAUCAUCAGUUUACCGUGGGGGACCUCGAGGAGAUCGACCCCGAGCUAGGUUUGGGAAAGGAGGAGCCGGACUCUUGGAGCGCUGCCAUCGGUCGCAAUGUUGCGCUGCGCCUCGUCGAUCACUGCGAGCGCGAGGUGAAGAGGCAGGAGCACAUCUACGAGUUCGUGCUGACGGAGAAGCAUCACUGCCUGGUGCUGCUCGCCAUGGAGAGAAUUUUCGCGGAGGGUCUGCAGCGUCACUUUCGCCUGGGCCAGCCGGAUCUCGAACGUAUGUUCCCCCGGCUGCGGGACCUUAUCGAAAUCCACCUGCGGUUCCUGCAGAAGCUGCGGAAGCGGCAGAACGCCAACUCCGUGGUCAGCACAAUCGCUGACAUCCUGGUCGAACAGUUCUCCGGCGAGAACGCGCAGCGCAUGAAGAGCGCGUACGGGGAGUUUUGUAGCCGCCAUAGGGAUGCCGUCGAGGCGUACAAGUAUUAUCAACGUCACGACUCGCGUUUCGCUCGCUUCGUCCGCCACUGUCAGACGAAUCCGUUGUUGAAGAAGAAAGGUAUACCGGAAUGUAUACUGUUCGUUACUCAACGUCUGACGAAGUAUCCGCUACUGGUGGAGCCGCUCAUCAAAACCGGCGUCGUGCAAGAGGAGAGUGAAAACUUACGUAAAGCACUGCUACUUGUUAAGGAGAUUUUAGCUGAUGUAGAUGCCUGUGUAGCCGACAAGGAGCGGGAGGAUAGAAAAUUAGAAAUAUACAAUAAGAUCGACGCGAAGUCGUUUGCGACAUACCGUGGUGCCAAAUUCAAAAAGUCGGACAUAAUGGCGUUCAACAGAAUCUUGAAGUUCGAGGGCACCGCAUACUUAAUGCAAGGCCGUGGCAAAAUGACUGCCAUCGUAGUGGUCGUUCUCUCAGACAUAUUAUUUUUCUUGGCUGAGAGAGAUCAGAAAUAUGCGUUCUUCGUGCCUGACAAUAAAGCCGGCAUAGUGUCGCUGCAGAAGCUGCUGGUACGUGAGAAGGCCGGCCAAGAGUCCAGCAUUUAUAUAAUAAGCAGUAACCCAGCCGAACCGGAGAUGUUCGAAUUGAAAAUCCAGAAGCCAAAGGACAAACAGCUGUGGAUACAAUCGAUCCGAUCGGCGGUCGAGGCUUGCCCACAGGAGCCCGAGAAUGAAGCCGACACGUUGACUGAGAGCAGCAGUGAACUGCGAGACACCCGCUCAUCCUCAAUCUCGCUCAUAUCCGUCGAGGAGAAGCAGCGCAUCGCCAAAGCCAAGGAGUCGCAUAUACUUAGAAUCGUCGGCGAGCUGCGCAAAAAAGACGCGGAGCAGGCACUACUGUUUGAAGAGAAAAUAAAUCUGCAAAUGCGACUUUUGCACGCGGCGAACAUUUGGGGCGCGAACGAGAGCGACAACGAGAGAAUCGAGAAGCUCGAGAAGCUCGAGAAGGAGGUUCCCGAUUAUACUCGCUUGGCGCACAACGAAGGCUCUGAUACCACUCAAUUGUGGCAAGAGGUGGUCAUGGCGGUGCAAGAAGCAACGCGCCUCGCUAGCUCGCUGUCGUUCAGCGCUGGAGGUGCUACACUGUCGAGAAGCUUGAGCUCCGCCGGCGAACGCCACAGCGAGGCUUACGUUCCGCCAGCUCUUUGCGUCCCUCGGAGGGCCGAAACAUUCGCUGGUUUCGAUCAUAGUAAGGAGCGACAUCCGUUGCGCGACUCGAACGCCGUGAUUCCCGUCCCGAAGCUCGGCGAGCUACCGAAGGAAAGCCCGGACGAAAAGGAAGGUCAAGAACUGGAGACCAACAAGGAUCAACAGUUGGCGGCGAUACGUUUGUCUCAUCACGUUUAUACGUUGCUCUGUAUAAUAAGUAAUCAGAUGACGACGAUCGACGGCCUGCAGGCGCAAUUGUCCGCGUGCAAGGAAGGCAGCAUGCCCAUGGGCAAGUCCUCCAAUAGCCGACCGAACUCGAAUCGCCAACUGGAGGAACUGCGGAACUUGCAGGAUCAGCUCUGCCGGGAAAAGGCCGCGUUUCGCGCCGCAUCCCAGCAGGAGAAGAGUCAACUGGAGGAGGAGCGCACCGACCUGGUGCGGCAAAGGGAGCAAUUGGCGGCGGAGCAGCGAGACGUGACGCAGCAACGAGACCAGCUGUACCGGCGUCUCGAGGCUCUGGAGCGGCAAGGUGUCACGUUGGUCGGUAGCUCCGCCAGCUCGACUACGAUCCAUUUGUCGCACCUGACGCAGAAUGCCGAGGCGGUGCAGACGCGCAAGUCCCAGCCCGAGGCCAAGCGUAUUCCCCUGAACUUGAUCAGCGCGACGAAUCAGCAGAAGGUGCAGAGCAAUUUGCCGGUCAAACAGCAGCUACCUCUCAAGCUGGCCAGCGGCAGCAACAACAACACAAGAAGCGGCAGUACUGCCAGCAACAACAGCCCGGACCGGCACUCCCGGACGGGCAGCAGCCCGGCCAUCGUCACCGGCUCAGCGUACUCAUCGCCCGAGCUCGGCAACAACAGCCACGCCGGCAGCAGUCACACGCACUCGUCGAACCGCUCGCUCCGCAUCACUCGCUCGCCCCCGGACUCGUACGCGCAUCAGACGCAGCAUCAGCAACGCGGCGACCCGCCACCGCCGCCGCAACAGCCGCCGCCACCGACGUCGGCGCAGCAGCAACCGCUGGAGGAGGAGGUGAUUUUUUUCUGACGACUCUUUCGAUUUGGUCGCAAGCACUCGCGUUCUUCGCGCGCGACUACCGGCGUGGCCACGCCAACCUCUACGCCGACCCCGUCGCGCAGCCAAACGAGGAACAACCAGCCCCGCAACCGCGUCAAGUCCUUUUGACUUUCAACGUUCUCGCAGUAACGUGAUGUCGCUGUCUACCUGUGUACUCGUUUCUCGCGCACUCUCUCGCUUCUCAUCGUAAUCCUCCGUUCAUUUUCCCCCCUCAUGUAGUCUCCUUCCUUCCUUUUCUCCUUGUGUUGUCUAUAACCAUCGUUCACUUUCGCGUCAUACUUUCCUCCUCUUAAUGUCACCUCCGGGUCACCUCUUUUUUCUUCCCUUCCCUUUGGUCCGGGUUUGAUCGUUUCGCCGGUAGGAAGUCCGUGGUAUGAUACUUGGACGACGAGCUCGCAAGUUGCUUCCAUCGCACCAGCACUGUACGAUAUUCCAUCGUGUCCGCCACGACAACAGCAUUGUCAGUAAACUCAAUCAAUUUACUCUUUCGGUAUAGUUUAGAGGAGGACGAGAUUAAUACCGUUAUACAUGCUCCAACUGUUACUGAUGGCAAUAAUAUCAUUUUUAUGCCAAAUAUCAGAAUAUAUACUAUUACCUUGGCGAAGGAACCCGUUAGGCAUAAAGUGUAAUUUCUAUUAGCUAUCGGAGAGACGUUCUCGCAGAGGGGAGAGAGAGAAAAAAAAGUAUUAACGGCCGGCUUAGCGAGGUAGAUCAGCCGAUCUUGUUGAAUUCUUGCGUCGUUACGUUAUUAAGCCGACUGACACUGUUUGUAGAGACACAGAUUUUAGAUGAAUCUUUUAAGCAAACCUGUUGCUGCUUGCUGAAAAAUGCAAGG